AUGCGUCGUCAUGCUUCAUGUGUCGCCAUUGAAAGUGUACGCAAUGUAUUAAUAGCGCUUGUUUCUCAUGUCCGGGUUUUAUUUAUAAUAGUCAGAAUAUCUGCUGAAGAAUUUGGAAGAAAAUUUGGGUCAGCCCCUGAUGCUCCAAUCAGUAACAGUAUUGAGGAUGCCGGAAACCCAGUUGCCAAGGAGGAAGGAAGUAUUGUUCAGACAAUUUUGGAGAUUGGAAUGCAGGUUCUCCCUGUAAUCAUUGAUACGUUGACCCGCAACACAGGACCCAGCCAAACAGACAGAAUAGAGGGGAUUGAUCUAAAUGGUGAGGACCCCUUCUCCAUGAAGAACAUCUUGCAGAUAGGUCUCAAGCUCUUCCUGGCCAUUGCCGGCGGUGGUAGCGGUAACGAUAAAUCAGACUCUUCUCCUGUCCAGGGAGUUCUGGAGGCUGUUAUUGGUGCUCUGGUUGGAGCAGAGGACAGACAGGAGGUUGCAAUUAUGGCUAAGCAAGCAACGGAGGUCAUCAACCUCGUCGUUCAACUGGUCGAGGCCCUCACAACCUCAAUAAGCCAGAGAAGCUUCUUCUAAUCAAUCAAUUAAUCAAUCAACAAAUUCAUUCGAUUUGAAUAAAAA